AUGGUGUGGAGGAAAUUUUACCUAGAUCUAAUCCUCAUCCCCCUCACCUUUCUCUUAUUCCUCAUCUAUCAUACAUGGCUCUGGCACAAGUUUAAGGCGAAUCCCCGAUGCACCGAUAUUGGCAUGAGCUCUAUUGGCCGCCGUUUUUGGGUGCUAUCGGUCAUAAAGGAUAAUGAGAAAAAGAGCAUAAUGGCGGUUCAGACACUACGCAACGCAAUCAUGGGAGAAACCCUAAUGGCUUCAGCGUCAGUCCUGAUCUGCACAGGCUUGGCAGCUGUGCUGAGCAGCAAUUACAUUAUGAAAAAACCAAUGGAAAACAAGGUUCUGGGAGCUCAUGGAGAGUGGGUUUUAGCCAUUAAGUUCACCAUUAUUCUCCUCUUCUUCCUCCUAGCCUUCUUCUCCUACUCCCUCUCCGUUCGUUUCAUGAACCAAGUGGGCUUCCUCAUAAACGCUGAUGGAGAAAGCGAUGGAGAACGCUGCAUGGAUUUGGUGGAGCCUGAUUAUGUGGUGGGCUUAUUGGAGAAGUCCUACGUGCUCAGUAUUAUGGGGAAUAGAUUGUUUUAUUUAGGGCUUCCGCUUUUGCUGUGGGUGUUUGGUCCCCUUUUGGUGUUUGCUUGCGCUGUGAUUAUGAUAAGUGUGUUUUAUAAGUUUGAUGUUGUGGAGAGUAAGGGGGAUAGAGUGAGGUCUUGUAGGAUUUAA